CUGAGGCAGGUGAAUCGCUUGAACCCUGGAGGUGGAGGUUGCAGUGAGCAGAGAUUGCGCCACGGCACUCCAGCCUAAAAAUACUCUCGAUAGAGUGAGACUUGGUCUCAAAAAAAAAGAUCCUUGACCUGGUAGGUGUGCCCCCAACUUUCUUUCCAGUGUGUGUGUUACCAAGGUAAGGGCUGAAGCUGCUCAGAUGCUCCAUGAGUGGGAGGAAGCUGUGGGAUGAUGGGGAGGGUUCCCACAAAGAUGGAGCCUCGUCAGCCUUUCUCCAGCACCGGAAACCACAGGAAAUCAGGUCAGUGUGUGGGGCCCGCUCCCUCCACUCCAGGGCUCAGCUAUGAGCUCUGGGGCUUCCUGAGCAGGCUGUACUGACUAGUGGGUCCUUGAAGCUAGAGGCCCCUUUGGUAUGGAGCCCUUUGCCUAGAAGAGCUGGUCCUGGCUCAUGGAUAGAGAGAACUUGGCUAUAGUCCUGAGAGUUAACCAGGUGGGAAGCCAGGGUACAUACGGGUUUCACGUGCAUCCUAGAGUGCUUUUUUCCUCCCCACUCUAAAUGGUGCCUCAGUCACCUCUGUAUCUCCAGCACCCAGUGCUGAGUAGUGCUUAAGAGCUCGGCUAAUUCUCUAAGUGAGGGGGUGAAGCACAUGUCUUUGGGAGACACAAGUUCAACAGUGUGCUGAUGGGUGGGUCAGAUCUGCAGUGUGUUUCAGGAGUAGGAGGUGCUAAGAAAUGGGUGCAUCCCCCAACCUGAUGCUAGUUCCUUUCCUGUUACUUCUUAGUCACAGCAGGAGCCCCUUGUCUUUCAGGCCAUGCAGCCAUGUUCUGGGAGCCCUAAUUGUACAGAAGCCCAUGGGGAGCUUCAGACCGGCAGCCCUGCUCCUGCCUCUCCUCCUGGUAGUCAUCGACCUCUCUGACUCUGCUGAGAUUGGCUGUCCCCACCUGCCCCACUGGAACACCCGCUGUCCUCUGGCCUCCCACAUGGAUGACAGUUUCACUGGAAGUUCUGCCCAUAUCCCUUGCCGCACCUGGUGGGCCCUCUUCUCCACAAAGCCUUGGUGUGUGCGAGUCUGGCACUGUUUCCACUGUUUGUGCCAACAUCUGCUGUCAGGUCGCUCAGGUCUUCAGUGGGGCUUCUUCCACCUCCUGGUACAGAAAUCCAAAAAGUCUUCCACAUUCAAUUUCUGUAGGAGACACAAGAUGCCAGCACCUGCUCAGAGGAAGCCGCUGCCUAGUCGUCGCCUGUCUGAGAAGCGCCAUCACAUUUCCGUACCCUCCCCAGACAUCUCCCACAAGGGACUUCGCUCUAAAAGGACCCAACCUUCAGAUCCAGAGGCAUGGGAAAGUCUUCCCAGAUUGGACUCUCAAAGGCGUGGAGGGCCCGAGUUCUCCUUUGAUUUGCUGCCUGAGGCCCGGGCUAUUCGGGUGAACAUACCUUCAGGCCCUGAGGUCAGUGUGCGUCUUUGUCACCAGUGGGCACUGGAGUGUGAGGAGCUGAGCAGUCCCUAUGAUAUCCAGAAAAUUGUGUCUGGGGGCCACACUGUAGAGCUGCCUUAUGAAUUCCUUCUGCCCUGUCUGUGCAUAGAGGCAUCCUACCUGCAAGAGGACACUGUGAGGCGCAAAAAAUGUCCCUUCCAGAGCUGGCCGGAAGCCUAUGGCUCAGACUUCUGGAAGUCAGUGCACUUCACUGACUACAGCCAGCACACUCAGAUGGUCAUGGCCCUGACACUCCGCUGCCCACUGAAGCUGGAAGCUGCCCUCUGCCAGAGGCAAGACUGGCAUACCCUUUGCAAAGACCUCCCAAAUGCCACGGCUCGAGAGUCAGACGGGUGGUAUGUUUUGGAGAAGGUGGAUCUGCACCCCCAGCUCUGCUUCAAGUUCUCUUUUGGAAACAGCAGCCAUGUUGAAUGCCCCCACCAGACUGGGUCUCUCACAUCCUGGAAUGUGAGCAUGGAUACCCAGGCCCAGCAGCUGAUUCUUCACUUCUCCUCAAGAAUGCAUGCCACCUUCAGUGCUGCCUGGAGCCGCCCAGGCUUGGGGCAAGACACUUUGGUGCCCCCCGUGUACACUGUCAGCCAGGCCCGGGGCUCAAGCCCAGUGACACUAGACCUCAUCAUUCCCUUCCUGAGGCCAGGGCACUGUGUCCUGGUGUGGCGGUCAGAUGUCCAGUUUGCCUGGAAGCACCUCUUGUGUCCAGAUGUCUCUUACAGACACCUGGGGCUCUUGAUCCUGACACUGCUGGCCCUCCUUACCCUACUGGGUGUUGUUCUGGCCCUCAUCUGCCGGCGCCCACAGUCAGGCCCGGGCCCAGCGCGGCCAGUGCUCCUCCUGCACGCGGCGGACUCGGAGGCGCAGCGGCGCCUGGUGGGAGCGCUGGCUGAACUGCUGAGGGCAGCGCUGGGCGACGGGCGCGACGUGAUCGUGGACCUGUGGGAGGGGAGGCACGUGGCGCGCGUGGGCCCGCUGCCGUGGCUCUGGGCCGCGCGGGCGCGCGUAGCGCGGGAGCAGGGCACGGUGCUGCUGCUGUGGAGCAGCGCCUGCCUUCGCCCGGCCCGCGGCCCCGACCUCCGCGCCACGCCCCUGCUCGCCCUGCUCCACGCUGCCCCGCGCCCGCUGCUGCUCGCUUACUUCAGUCGCCUCUGCACCAAGGGCGACAUCCCCCCGCCGCUGCGCGCCCUGCCUCGCUACCGCCUGUUGCGAGACCUGCCGCGCCUGCUGCGGGCGCUGGACGCGCAGCCUUCCGCAGAGGCCACCAGCUGGGGCCGCCUCGGUGCGCGGCAGCGCAGGCGGAGCCGCCUAGAGCUGUGCAGCCUGCUGGAACGAGAGGCCGCCCGACUAGACCUAGGUUGAGCAGAGCUCCACCGAAGUCCCGGGUGUCUGCGGCCGCAAUGCAACGAACACUGGCUAGAACCCCGGAAUGAACCUUAGACCCUGGAAUCCUUGGGGUGCCUCGAGGACGACUGGCCGAAAAGCCUUAUUCCCUGCCUCACAGACCGGAAGUCCCAGCCCAGUCCCCGCGCGUCCCUCUUCCUCCUCAUACUUUCCCUUGACUGAGAGCUCCUCUAACGCCUGUUCUGAUGGAGGAGGGCGGUCUUCCCACUUCCUCUCCAGAACUCCAGAAAGAGCAGUGUGCUUAUGCUCCAGUCCAGGCUGGAGAGGCUGGGGCCGGGGUAGGGAGGCAGGAGCCAUGCCAGUUCUGAAGGAGGGUCGGGAGACGGCUGAGAGAAAACCUCCUUGGGGGCCAGGGAUUCCCUUUCCCACACUGAGGCUCUGCCCAGUGGGAGAGAGGACUCUGGACCUAGGAAAAGAGGCUUUUGGCUCUGGGUGUUCAGGACAAUGGGAGUUGGGGGUGGGAUGGGUGGUUGCUAGCGGUGGGGACCAAGAUCCAGAAAGAUGAAUAAAGACAAACAUGACAAACU